GCGGCGAAGGGGAGGAUGAAGAAGAAGCAGCAGCACGGCGGCGGGGAAUGCCCGGCGCCCUGGCCCCCCGCGGCGGCGGCGGGAGGGGGCCCGGGCCAGGGCGGGGGCUUGAUGAGGCGGCGGCCCCUCUCGCUGCUGCCGUUCCUCUCGCUGCGCGACUAUGUCUUCUGCAUGGCCACCCUACUGCUCUUCUGUUUGGGCUCCCUCUUCUACCAGCUCAACGGGGGCCCCCCGCACUUUCUGCUGGCCCUGCGGCACUGUCUGGGAAACUCCACUUAUCUGGAUGACCACGGACCACCACCUCAAAAGGUACUUCCUUUCCCCAGUCAGGUGGUCUACAACAGAGUUGGAAAGUGUGGAAGUCGAACUGUGGUUUUGCUUUUAAGAAUUUUAUCAGAGAAACAUGGAUUCAACCUGGUUACAUCUGACAUACAUAAUAAAACAAGACUGACCAAAAAUGAGCAGAUGGAAUUGAUUAAAAACAUAAGCACUGCUGAGCAGCCCUAUUUAUUCACUAGACAUGUUCAUUUCCUCAACUUUUCAAGGUUUGGAGGAGACCAGCCCGUGUACAUCAAUAUUAUUAGAGAUCCUGUCAACCGAUUCCUAUCCAAUUAUUUUUUUCGACGUUUUGGAGACUGGAGAGGAGAACAGAAUCACAUGAUCCGUACCCCCAACAUGAGGCAGGAGGAAAGAUACCUGGACAUUAAUGUAUGUAUCCUUGAAAACUACCCUGAAUGUUCUAAUCCCAGGUUGUUUUACAUCAUACCAUAUUUCUGUGGACAGCAUCCAAGAUGCAGGGAGCCUGGUGAAUGGGCCCUUGAAAGAGCAAAGCUGAACGUUAAUGAAAAUUUUCUGCUUGUGGGCAUUCUGGAGGAGUUGGAGGAUGUGCUGCUUUUAUUAGAAAGAUUCUUACCUCAUUAUUUCAAGGAUGUGCUUAGCAUCUACAAAAAUCCAGAACAUAGGAAACUUGGCAACCUGACUGUGACCGUGAAAAAGACCGUCCCCUCUCCAGAAGCAAUACAGAUCCUCUAUCAACGCAUGAGAUAUGAAUAUGAGUUUUAUUACUAUGUCAAAGAACAAUUCCACCUACUAAAGCGCAAGUUUGGACUGAAGUCUCAUAUGAGGAAACCAAGUCCCAGACCUGAGUUCUUCAUUCCUUCUCCCCUGGAAACAGAAGAACCAAUAAAUGAUGAGGAAGAAGAUGAUGAAAAGUGGCUAGAGGAUAUCUAUAAAAGGUGAUGGAUGGAAGAGCUGUCCUUUCUCUUCUGGUGAUCCCUCCAGCUUUCUUAAGAUUUUUUUUAAUUAUUAUUAUAAGUAAUUCCUUAAGGAACUGAGUUAAUGCACAGCAGAUUUGAAAUGGAACAGAAGAGACCAUUCCCACAUGCUGGAGCCAUUGGGAAAUACCUGAUUUUGCAGGUUUGAUUCAUUAUACAGUGUUGGCUCUAUAGCAUCCUUGCUAUAGCAUAGUUCAAGAGAGAAGUAUCUACCAUCUGUCACAAAAUAACUUUUGGUAUGCACAGUAGUCCUUCAUGAACUGCAAAAUACAAAAGAAUAGAUUAGGCAUUCUUGAAAAGCAAUUCUUACAGAUUCUCGUCUCUCUCUUUGACCAGAAACAAGUCUUCAUGGCAUAACACUGUGGCAUGAAUGACCAGCAAAUGAACUACAGGCAGUGAGCCGUCUGGGAGGAGUGCCUCUUUCUGUCCAAAGCACACUGAUAUCCCAGUGGCAUGGUCAGAGCCAUUGUUUUGCCUUCAAGUCCAAGGAUACCAGGCUCAGAAACAUGCUAGGUAACAGCUCCUUGAAUUACCUGUGCCAGAGGAGCAAGGCUGCUAUUGUGCCACAUCAGUACUAGUGAGUGUAAGGCAAGCAACAGGAGCCAGAUAUUUUUGGUAAAACCUUCAAGUUCAUAGAGUAGGGAAAAUUACCAGGUCAGUGAAUUGCAACAACAAAUUUGAAGUGCCAGGCAGAGCUUUAUUUCAGCAGUUGAGUAUGUUUCUAUUAGACUCUAAAGGCAAAGGUGUAACAUAUGGGGUUUAUGUUCAAGAAUGGUAUUUUAAAUUUUUAUUAUUCUUUUGGGUCACAAAUCCAAAGAGAUGCAUAAAAAGCUAGUCAUUAAAAAGCUCAGGUGAUCUGGAGCUCCUAUUAAGCACAACCUGUAUUUUACAACUGCAGAAUUGUUCACAUCUGAAUAUGAGCACUUCAGCUUCCCCACCAGCACAAACACCAAACUCCUGCUUUUAGUGUGGCUAGAAGGAAAAUUAACAAUAUGAACAUACACAGCUUCUCUAGUUGAAAUAAUUCAGAAUCAUCAAAGAAGUACAAGAAGAUGCACUCUGUGAAACCAAAGCUGAUUCAGCGAUAGAUUAUUAAGAGAGUCACUGUGAAAGUUGACCCUGAUAAUCACUACAAAUAUUAUCUGCCGACACUAGAAAAGGGAUCGGUGGAAGCUGGUGAAAGAGAAGUAGCACCAUUAUGUGAGGUGCUGUUGUUAUUCAGGUGGGUGUCCCUGGAGUGGGAUUCCCUGUGAUGUGUGUGUGUGUGCUGGCUGUUGGCCACCCUGCCAGCCCUGGAGGUGCAGUAGUGACAGACCCACAGGCAGCCCUGGGCAGAGCUCUUUGGCCUUCUGCUACACAGCAGAAUAGGGGAGAGUUUGGGGUCUUGAUGAGGCCUUGGCCUCUUAUGCACCGUUGUUGCUGGAGAAAGCUGGACUAAUAGAGAAUAAGAGAAAUAAAUUCCUGUCCCCAGAGCACAGGAAAGAAGCAGGUACAAGAUGUUGCAGCUGCUUGCCAGUAUAAGGACAAUCCGCCUCUGUCUAUCUCACAUCCUUUCUCAAACAUCUACCUGAAAAUUUUUGGUUCCUAUUCCACAGCUGCCAUCUGCAAGGUUGUACUUUGGUUUGCUACAUCAAGCAAAAGUUAUUUUGUGAUGGAUGAAGCAUAUAAACUCGGGAUCAGCUCAGAUAGGCUUUCCAAGGGUUUCCUCUUCCAUUAGCCUGCUGAGAGCCAAUAGAAAUUAUGGUCGAUCUUCUUCACCCCUGUCUUUAGCUUUACACAGAGAAUGAAAAUAAAGGAGAGUUAAGACAAGAUGCUAACUUACAGAAAAUACUAGGAAGAAGAUUCUGUUCUCAUUAUUAACAUCCCAGGUUGGUGGUAGCAAUGCACUACUGUGGAGGAGCACAUUAAAGAAAGUUGAAAAUGGCACAGAUAGUAACUAACAUAUUAGCUACAAUAUGAAUCUGCUGCAUUGUAUAUUUUAAGUGGUUUCUAUGAAAUUACCUUGAAAGAGUAAUGAUUAGUUUACACACUGUGGAGUUGUUAUAUUUUGGAAAGAACUAGUAUUCUCAUGUUUUUGAAAUUCUGCUUGAAUCCUUUUUCUGCCAUCAUUUUAACAGAAUAUAGUCACUUAAUACAUUCAACCUUCCUGAGAGUUCACUGCCGCUUACAGUAAAGUCUGUUUCUAUCUGUUUGUUUAUUUAAUGGUAUCUUCAGCCAUCACUACUUAUAAUCUAAAUACAGAGGCUGCUUCAUUAUUUGCUCACUAGGUUUUAAUAUUGUUGUAUUUUCGUAACAAUCAACCUGGCCUCUCCUCCUCAAAUGGUAGUUCUUAAAUUUAUCUGGCACAUAUCAUCUAAUAUUCCUGGUCCUAUGGCCUAUUUCUCUGUCAUUAAAUAUAUUUUGCUUAACUUUUAAAAGGUACGUUAUAAGCUGGUAAAACUUUGACUUAUUUAUUGAAACUUUUCAGCACAUUCCAAAUUCUAAGUUGCUCAGGAAGGAGUUGAUUUAAAUAAUUAUAUUUGGGUCUGAUGAGUAUUUCUUAUUCAAAAAAAAUCACUAUUUUCAAGCCUUUAGUCCACAACAGCUUUGUAGAAAGUGCCAACUUGGAGAUCUUUGUGGGGGGAAAAAGGUGGCUGUUCAACACUUAGAAAAAUAAGAAAAUAUAUGUCUAAAUUAGCUUAGCUAUAAAUGAAGCAACAUAUGUUUUGGAAUGAAAUCUUCUUUAACUUAUUCACUACUAUCUCCUGAAAUAUCAGUAAGCCAUAUGAUUCUUUAUUUUUCAAUCCAGUGAUGUUUAAAAAUAAAACUUGCACAUUUCUUCCUGA